AUGCAUGUGCAAAAACAUGGCGACAAGCAAAAAAAAGCAAGUAUGGGCGAAAAAAGUAGAGCGUUCGAGCACGCAUGCACGCUUCUGUCCAUUGGGCGCAUGUCUUUGGACGUGUUUCAGAUAUUCAGUGAAGCAGUUUCUGCAUAUAACUGCGUUCUGAAACAGUCAGGCUGCGCCCUGCAAAUCUGCCUAGCAAAAAACGAGCUCGUGUACAGCAAAGUGCACAGAGGACUUUUGAAAAUGUAUACAGAAGAAGCAAAGAGACCCGCAUGCAGGGAGAGAGCAGUACACACGAGUGGGCUCUCGGGCGUGUGCAGCAUGCUUGCCAGAUGGAGCAGAGCAAGCUCUGUCGAGGCGCACCGCCCAAAGAGGGGAGAAACACAGCGCCAGCACUCGCCGGAAAGCCUUGCGCUGCGGAGCUUGGCCACGCGCGAAAUAUCCGCAUACAUUCGCGCAAAUCUAACGGAAACAUUUGACAAAGCAUUUGUGCAAGCGUCUCAGCGCGGGGAAAGGGAAGCUUCAGACGCGCUCUGUCUGCAGUGCAAGUUGGUGACAGACCGGAGGGUGGGGGAGUAUCUUUGCGAGGAGAGUGUCUUGGGCUGGUCCGAAGAAAGAGUAAGAGAAGCCGUUGUAUUAAGAUUGGACAGGAUACACCAGGAGUAUGUGGCGCUUGAAGCACAGGCAGAGCCUUCUGGCCAGCCGCUGCGCAGCCUGGACGAAGAAAAGGCAUGCGCAAGCAUACGGGAAGGGCUUAAAGCGCUUAUGCACGAGAUACGGCCGCUGCUGAAGGGCUGGAGCAUGCAGGAAGACACCCACGCGCACGUUUCAGAGGCCGUGCACUAUAUACUAAAAGCUGCGAACGCCAUGCGCGUAGAAUAA